UUUAUUCAUCAAUAGUCACUAUAUAGUACACAUGUUGAGAACCAAUUAUUUUUUCAAUAUCAAAUACAAACUGUUUGAUCAUUAAAGCCAAUUUUGACAACUUAACUUGCUGUUGCUAGCUGGGUCAGGUUUUAAUAGGCUAGAUGGUCUGACCCAGAAACUGGGACACCGUACAUUAAUUUGCAAAUUCGCUCUAAUAAUAGUCUGAAUGUAUUUUUUGUAAGAGCCCCAUCAGUUGUUAUUUUUUUGAUACAAACAAAAUUAUAAAAUGAUAAGUGGAAGUUAAUUAAAAACUUAAAACUGAAUCAUUGUCUGGAUCCUGUCAUUUUAACUCACUUCCAUUAUUACAUCCGAAGUACAAACAAUAUUAAUUUGCAUGUAUUACAUUUAUUUUGUGCAUUUUUGUCAGUGGCAGCAUGUACAAAAAAUGUGUAUGUUUUUCGAAAGUAUCACUCUGCCAAAAUCCACUCCAGAGAUAAAUUUGUUUCAAAAAAACUUUGGGCGAAAAUCUGGCCAUGCAAUUUUAAAACAUGGAGCCUGAAAUUUUCAAAAGUUGACAGUUUCAAACAUUGGUAAUUAAUUCAGUACAUAAAUAUACAAUUUCUUAUUAUUUAACUGAAGUUAAUUUUAUGGAAAUAGGUUGGGAAAGUAAAAAUAAUGUUGCUCAACCAACAAAAUUUAGUUUUAGGGGUAUCUACAAUUGAUGAAUAGCGCCACCCCCUCUCAGUGUUUGGGGACUUGAUGAAAUGUAUAAAAGCGCAGUGCAACAUUGGCAGACUGGCUUCGGGGAAGCCCACACUCACAAGAGACCGUAGUGGGAAAAAACAAUCUGUUACGGCUUAUUUUCCAUCACAAUUCGCUGUGUUUUGCUCAUAAACAUGGCUAAUUCACAAGCAGUGGUAAUGUAUACAAUUAUGGAUUUUAAUGAACAGCAUUUAUCUGUUUUUAGUGGUUUAAAUUUGCACAAAAUAUGUUUGGGAGGGUUAAAUGCGUACGAAAUUCUCCAUUACGAAAAAAUCUUGCAAUAGAACUAUUUCACAAAUUAAUAAAAAACACUUCAUAAUUUCCCACCUUUUUCAGUACAAAUUAUACAAGUCUGUGAUUGAUGAUGUUAUUCUCAAUGUUCGAGAGGCCUUUCUCGACGAAGGAGUCGACGAACAAGUUCUCCAGGAACUUAAACAGAUAUGGAUGAACAAGUUGAUAUUGACGAGAGCAGUGGAUCCAACACCACAGCCCCUCCCACAGGCAGAGUCCAGCCGUCAGUCCAGGGGUCACCAUUCCCGCAGUAAUGCAUCCUCUAGUGCAUCACACAUGCAGGCCCAGAUGCAGUUACAGGCAGUGGCUGAUGCACAGCAACGGCAAACAGCAGCAGCGAGCAGGGCCGCAGCUACACAGCAACAGGGCAAUCAGCCAUUCCAGAUAACGGGUGCAGCUACACAGCAACUUAGUUCGUCCGCUGCAGCAGCAGCUCUUGCCUUUCAACAAGGUGUGCUUCAAUUACAACAUCCCUUGACAACCUUGCCCGCUGGACUUACACUAGCACAGCCAGCAGUAACUCAGACAUUUCCAGCCUACACAUUGAGCCAGCCACAAGGAGGCUUACAACCCAGCUACCAGGCCGUGCUGCCCUCUGGGCAAACAGUUAUGAUUCAACCUCCACCCCAGGUGCCUCAGUCACAACAAAGUCAGCAAGCAGGGGGAGCACAACCCACCAUCAACAUAACAACAGUUCAGGCGCGUGUACUCCAGCAAGUGGAUGGAGCGAACGAUACUUCCGAUGAAGACGAUGAUGAUGAUGAUGACGACGAUGAAGAUAAUGAAAAUGACGAUGAUGAAAAUGAAGACAACAAUGAUUAUUCUCAAGAUAUUGAAGAGAAACCAUUAAAUUCUGAUGAUGAUGUCAGCGAUGAAGAUCCUGCAGAACUUUUUGAGACUGAGAAUGUAGUUGUGUGCCAGUAUGACAAGAUCAGCAGAAGUAGAAAUCGCUGGAAGUUUCAUCUAAAAAAUGGCAUCAUGAAUGUGAAAGGUCGAGAUUACAUCUUCUUUAAGGCUGGAGGAGAUGCCGAUUGGUAGUCUCCUCUCGAGGAGUUCACUGUGCAAUUGGGUGAUGUAGCUAACUGCUUCCUAAUGGUAAUAGACUGGAUAUGACCACUAACUUCUGGAACAUGCAUGUGUUUGCCAACUUGGAAGAAAAAUGUCUUUUGUUCAUGUUUUGUUUAUCUAAGAGUCACUGAAGUGAGCCAUUACAUGUACCUAUCCUUUCUGAACAUGAGAUGGGCAUGUCCAAAAUAAAAAGUAGCUCAAUGGAUUUGGGCUUUGGGUAAUCAUUGGAGCAAGGAAGUUUGUGUGAAGUGGGUUUAGCUUUGGUUGGAAUUGAGUCACACUUGACUUAAAGACACUGGACACCUUUGGUAAUUGUCAAAGACAUGUCUUCUCACUUUUUGUAUCUCAACAUUUGCA